UAUAUAUACGACAGGAAAAACCCUAAUCUCGCAAAACCCUCAUUUUCCCUUUCGUUCUCUCCUUCAGAUCAAUCAUGGCGAGAGCAAUUGCAUCAUCCUUCACACGCCUCUCCACACAAUUCACAACGCGCCUUCUCUCCACCACCACUUCUGGCGCCGCCGCCGCACUCUCCAAAUCAUCAUCCAUCUCAUCUCGUCGUUUCACUGUCCCUAUGUCACAAGCCAUCCUCCAAUCGCUCUCUCCGGCAGCCCGUUUCGGCGGAAUCCGUGGCGAUUCAACAUACUCGCCACUCAACUCGGGAUCAUCCCCCUCCAAUUUCAACGAACGACCACCUAAUGACAUGGCUCCACUCUUCCCUGGAUGCGAUUACAAUCACUGGCUUAUCGUUAUGGAUGGCGGCGGUGAAGGUGUUACCAAACAGCAGAUGAUUGAUUCUUACGUCCAAACCCUCGCAAAAGUUCUUGGAAGUGAGGAGGAAGCUAAGAAGAAGAUUUACAAUGUCUCUUGUGAGAGGUAUUAUGGAUUUGGCUGUGAGAUUGAUGAAGAGACUUCUAAUAAGCUGGAAGGGUUACCUGGAGUUCUGUUUGUCCUCCCUGAUUCCUAUGUUGAUCCUGAGUACCAGGACUAUGGUGCUGAACUAUAUGUUAAUGGAGAGAUUGUCCAGAGAUCACCUGAAAGACAAAGAAGGGUGGAGCCACAGCCACAAAGGCAUAAUGACAGGCCAAGAUAUAAUGAUAAAACAAAGAAUGUCAGGCGCAGGGAAAAUGUGCGUUGAAGGUCCAGUUUGAAUGAAGGAGAGGGACCUGAUGUACAUAAUGUGGAAGUCCUGCAUUAUAUGCAACUUCCUUCAUGCCUAUGGAAUUCUGUUGUGGUAGUUACUGAAUGUGUUUGUAAUUGGACCCAUGUCAGGUGUAUUCCUCUCUGUUUUCGCUUUAUUCAUAAGAAUAGAAUCUUGAUCAUGGCCCUAAAUCAAUUUAAACUCUUUUAGAAUCAAAAAAAGAAUCUUGAGCAUGCAUAUUGAAUGUUGAGUUGAUGUAUUGUCAUGAAAUAGGUUAUUAAUUAAGAUGAUUUUUAUUUUA